AUGUACGUGAAAUCAAUAGAUUAUCUGUGUUUGAAGGAAUCAACAAUUAAUAAUCAACAAAAAUCACAACAAACAUCAAAACAAUCAGAAAAAUCACCACCAACAAAUCUUUCAAGAGAAUUUAAAUUAUUAUCAUAUACCUAUUGUUUAGCAGAUGCAUUUAGACGUGCAAGAUAUAAUGGUAGUGAUGAACAGUGUACAUUAAUUAGAAGUAGAUAUUCAGAGUUUAUUGAUUGCUCGGUAUACGAUGAGAGGUUCGAAACAAAGGUGUUGGAAGAUGCAUGUAAGAGCGAUCAAUUGGAAAUAGUUGAAAAGGUUGGAAAUGGUCAAUUGAGUGGUCAUAUUACAGACAAAGUUUUACAACUAGCAAUACAAAGUGGAAGUCUAUCAACUGUAAAGUAUAUAGUCGAAACACAGCCACACGAUCUCUUUGAUAUCGGCAGAGCAAUGAAUUUGGCAGUGACAACCAAUCGAACCAAAAUAUUCGUGUGUAUCUCGGGAUCUAAAAUCCCGAAAGUUUCGGAAUACUAUCUAUUCGAUCAAACAAUGAUAAACAAAGCUAUUGAAAAUGGUAAUUUGAUGGUAGUUCGUAACAUUUUCGAUCAAGUAGAUAGGAGUCACCUUAGUUUGAAGUCUGCACUCGAUAAGGCAGCAACUAUAGGUGAUCUUUCAAUCCUUGACUACUUUAUUAAAGAAAAACAAUUGGAAAUUACACAAUCAACUCUAGAUUCAGCUGCAUCAUGUUCAAACAUUGAAAUAUUUAAAUAUAUACAGAAUUAUCUUCCUAAGGGUGUAAGCGUAACCGUUCAAACAGUUGCAAAUACAGCCGAUGCUGGUGUUGAUUCGAUUAAAUAUCUCUAUGACAAUGGUUUAUUUAAGUAUUCAAACCAAAUUGCUUCGAAAGCACUCAAGAAGAAAGAUAAUAAUAUCAUGGAAUUCUUGUUAAAUAAUAUUCAAGAGGUUUACAAUCAACUUGUUUUCCAAAUGGCUGUUCAACAUGGUAAUCUUCCAGUGGCAAUCAAGAUACUAUCACAACUACCUGGUCAGGAUGUUCCAGAUCGAUUAGAAACUCACUAUUCCACGCAGCUCACGAUAAAUAUAAUGAUGUGGUCGAAUAUUUCAUGA